AAAUGGAAACAAAUGAACCAUUUGUUAGUGUGUGCGUGUAUGUUUUAUUCAACUACUGUGUCAAAUAGUAGAUUGUACAAAAAAAAAACUAAAUUGACCAAUGUCCUCCUCUUCGCCGGAAAAGCAAUCGGUCAACGAUGAAAAUAGUACAAGUGCGACUACUGAAAGUAAUGGAGGCAGCAAUUCUUCAAAUGAUGGCAAAUCUUCAAUAAAAACGGCUGUGGCAGUUAACGAAGAAAAUAGUGUUUUAAUGGAUAUUGUUAAAGAACAUGUAGAACGGACCUACGUACGUAUUGAACGCAAUCGCAAAAAUCGUAAUCAAUUACUGUAUGUAACGAAACAAAGUCAUGAGAAUUGGAUCAAAGGAACAAUUGAGCCACCGUGUUCCCAAACAUCGGAAUCUGGAAUGACGCAAAGAGCUAGAGAAUGUUUAAUGCGUUCAUCAUUGACCAAAGAAUUCAUACCAGAGGAGAUUGAAGCAAUUAAUUUGGGAAACCAAGAUACAGGUAAAAGAAAAAAACAAAAAAGAAAGCGUAAAAAUCGGCGAGCAAAAACAGAAAUAAAAAGUUAUGAUGAAAUUCUUGAUCGUUAUGAAACGCAGGAAUUAGUAAAAACAAUAAAUUUAGAUUCAAAAUUAAUGGAAACUAACGACAAAGAAGCGGAUAGAUUAGAAGACAAAAUCGAACGUCAAUCAAUGUAUAUCACACCGAAUGAACAGUUAAUUUUUUCUGCCUAUAUCGAAAAGGACAAAGUCGAUACAGCAGUUUUUCCUAAAAAGACCAUAAAAGAAAGUGUUAAAAGUCCUUUGAUUGAUCCAUUCAAAACAACUUCAGGAUCAGAAUUAUCUGAUAUAGACGAAGAUGAAAAGUCUGAAUCAUCUUUGGUACUUACUGUACCCGAUGAUCUAGUUGAAUGUCUUCGAGAAUAUCUUGAACAAUUGGAAUCAAAAAGUUAUUUGCAACAAAAUCAACAACAAUCAUCAUCAAAACCAUAUAGUUUAUAUGUGACGCCAACUGGUAUUCAACAUUCAUCAAAACAAUUGAAAACGUUACCAACUGUUCCACUGCCAAAGACUCCGAAUAAGCAAUCCACAACUCAUUCAUUAGGAUUUAAACCUGCACCGUCGUUAUCCAAAGAUGAUUCGAUUAAAAGCGAAAGAUACGAUACGAUCGAGGAUGAUUCAAAUCAAGUUGAAAAUUAUAAUUUUGAAAAAUCAAAUGAUAGAUCCCCGAUAACAGAAGAAGAAUCUCCAUUCUUUUCUACAAUGAUUAAUGAAUCAAAAACUUCAUCAUAUAAGUCAAACUUUCAAACUGCUAUGAGUAAGUCAAAAAAAUCAGUUAAGCAAGAAGAGGAAUCUGCUUUGGAAGUUCAAUCAUCAUCAUCAUCAGCAGCAUCUGCAACUCAACAACCGGAUUUAGCCCUUACAAAUGAAAGUUCGAAUAAACAACAGCAACCAAAACUGAGUGAAGAUUAUUAUGAAUCAAUCAAAACAUCUCUCGUUGAUAAAGUGAUAAAGGAACAACAAAAAUCGUAUAAAAUAGGAAUGUCACCGGAAGAAAGUUUCAAAUCAGCAUCAUCAUCAUCGAUCGACGAAAGUGAUGCUGAUGAAAGUUCAACAGCACUUGAAGUUGAUCCUUCUCUAUCUCGAAUGAUAUUGGAAAGUAUGGUCGAACCUAAGGGUCCAACAAAAUUGGCAGAACAACCAAAAUCGUUACCAAGCGGUGUGGAAAAAUAUAAUAUUGAUGUGAUAAAAGAGCAACAACAAGAUAUUGAAGUGAAAGAUGAUGUAUCAACACAGACCAAUCUACAACAAUCAGAUCAAAAAAUAUUCGCUGCCGACACGACGAUCAUCGACAACGAUAAGGAACAACUUGAAAAUCUUCAACGUCCAUUACCUACACCAAAAUCUUCACCGUUGAAUUCCUUAUCCAAAAGCAUAAUGAUUUCGCCAAAACCAAAAUCAUCAAUCAAAACUCAAUCAUCAGUUAAUGAGAAUGAGAUCAUUGCCAACAAGCGUUUGAUUUCUUCUUUGAUUACAGAUGAAAGCGAAAUCAAAUCUGUAUCAAAAAAACCUGCUACAUUAAAAUUUUCUGUAACUCCACCACCAUUAAAAUCUUUUGAUGAUCGAGCAACGAUGAAAAGUCCACCAGCCAAAACAAUAUUGAAUAUUGAAUCGAAAGUGAAAACAACUGAAACAACAUCAACAGAAAACUUGGAACAAUUAAAAAAAUCUACAGAAAAAAAAUUAUCAUUGAAAUCGAAUGAAAAACGAAUUGCUAGUAUUGAUACUGCCAUUGUGACUCCUACAUCUUUAUCAAAUUCAUCGGCAAUUGCAUCACCAUCUAUUAUUGAUCAACCCAUAAUGAAACAAUCAAAGGAUGACAAAUCGAUGACCGUGACGAUUGACGAUAUUAAUUCUAAUCGAUCAAUUCAGAUGGAAAUUGAACCACUCGAAACAAAAACAGUGAUUAUAACAUCGUCAAGUUCAGCAUCAGGUGAAGAAGAUGUGAUGGUUGAAGCCGAAUUGCUUAGCCCAGUUUCUCAAAAAGAAGAAACAGAUCAAUAUUAUUUGAUUCGAGCUUCACCAAAAACGUUAAUGCCAUUGGAAAAAUUAUCAUCGGCAUCGAAUGAUAAUCAACAAGAUGCUGCCGAGGCCAAGACAAUUCAAUUGUCUCCAUCGUUUCCAAAAAGCAGCUGCAGUAGCAAAUUAAUGGAACAUAAAUCUUUGCCAAAAUCAUUGCAAAAGAAAUUCGAUUCGAGUCCGUCAAUCAUUAUUGACAAACCGAAGACAUUGCGAUUUGAAACAAAUUCAAACGAAUUUAAAUCAAGUCCUAUACGACAACCUAUUGUCGAGUCGCAUGAUUCCACAAAAUACGAAAUGAUCAAUAAGUUAAAUCAAAUUUGUGAUGACGACAACAACAGUAAAAUGAAUAAAUUGUCAUCACCCGCAAGCAAACGAAAAUUGUAUCGAAAAAAAUUGGUAUCUAAUGUUACAACUGAACAAGCACCAAAGACCGUGACAUUAACUCGAUUACAUACUUUACAAAAUUUAUUAUCAAAAGCAAAAAUCAAACAGACACCCAAAAUUGAUUUGAUUGAUCAACAAUUAUCCGAAUCUAAAUCCUUCCAAUCCAAGGAGCAACAUCAAAAAAUACAAUCUGAUAAAAAAGUUGAUGAUGAAAUUUUUAGACAGAAAAUGGUCGAUUUUUAUAUCGAAGAAGAAGAAUUCACCAGCACAAGCGAAGAUUUAGUCAAUUUGGAAUUAGAAUUUGAAAAAUUGCCACCACCACCUCCUGUUGUUGAAUAUUUGACAAUUGAAAGCAAAGAGGAACAACAGCGCAAACAAUUACAAGAAGAAUUGGAAGCGAAUCGAAAACGAUUAUUCAAUCAAAUCGAACAACUAAAACAUAGACAAAAAUUGCAUUUGGCCAAUCUAUACCGAUUGCGUCAUAUUUUGGAAACAAGCAAAGCAAAACAAACGAAACAACAGCUCCCGAAACCAAAUGAAAAAAGCAAUGAUUUGAUUUUAGUUAAACGACCAUUAUUAAACAAUGAUAAUUUCUUAGCCAUGGUCACAGUGGCUGGAGCGGCAACCAUAGCAGCCGUGAUCGCCACAUUGUUAGCUAUUAAAUUUAUGUACUGAUUAUA